AUGGACUCCCAAGAAUUGGCCGCGGUUGAGCUCAAGUUGGCAUUGAGGUAUCUCAAUGGGCAGUGGCCACGAAGUGGUGAAAGGAAUAGGCUUUUGGGUGCCCAGAAAAAGACGAUGCGAAGAAGAGAAAGCAAAUGUAUUGCAGGCUGCAUGUACCAAGUAGUUCAGACGACUGGCCUGGAUGGAAAAAAUCUUCUGAAAUUGCUUCCAAUUCCCAAUUCCUCUGGAAAUCUUAUGCCAUUAGUUCAAUCUUCAGUCACAUCUGAUACUUCGAAUGGGAAUAUAUCAAAUCCAGUUCAUGUUACUAUUCAGACGCAACUUGCUAGCCCUCCUACAAAUGCAUCCAUUCAAUUUCCUGUUUUUCAGACAACCAAUCCUGGAAAUUAUUUCCUUUCAAGAGCAGUUGAUAAAUCUGAAAAUGUUAGAGUAGCUUCUGUGGGGAAAGAAAGUUUGACUUCUUCAGGUUCAACAGCUCAGAAUAAUGCUAUGAAAGCUGAAAGACUGGCCUUGCAAAAAAUUGCCAUUUCUCCUGCAGCUUCUCAAAGUGAUACAACAUACAUGUUAGUAAAUACUAAGAACCUGCCAGUGACUGUAAAAUCUCCUGUAUUACCUUAUGGGCACCAUUUACAGAUUCCAGCUAAUGCUGAAGUAAAAUCUGUACCAGCAUCAUCUUUGCCACCUCCAAUUCAGCAGAAGAUACUUGCAGCUGCAGCUACAAAUACCUCAGGAACAACAGAAGCUUCAAAAGUACCAACUGUUAUUUAUGUGUCUCCAGUAAAUACAGUAAAAUCUGUAGUUUCUAAGACCUAUAAAAAUAUUUGUCCCAAGCCUCCAAAUCCUACAGAACCUGCAAAGUCCAUGAUUCUAAACACUUCACAAACAUCAGUAAAAAAUCCUGCUAAAGAUGUAUCUAAUAAUGAAGGCCAGCAAUCUCGAGAUGCACCAAUGAAAUGGGUUGUACGAGAAAAUCCACAGUCUACCCCAUGUCUUGUUCCUGUCAAGUCUUCAAACAACAUGGCUUCAAAGAUCUUAAAAACAUUGAUGGAUAUGAAGAAUGUUGAAACUGGCUCUCUGAAUAUGCCAUCAUUAUGUUCAGGAACUUCAAGUGGGACUCAAGCAAAAAUUACUCCCAUUAAAGAUAAUGCUUUGGUUAUGUUUAAUGGGAAGGUCUAUCUCUUGGCUAAAAAGGGAUCAGAAGUUCUGCCAUCACAAACUGAUCAACAGAAUUCUGCUGCUCCUGAUGCUUCACCAAGAAAAGACACAUCACAGAUAUCUAAUUCCAGUUCAAUCACUAAUGAAGUUGUAAAUAUUGUUUUGGCAAAAAAUAAGACUGCCCCCCAGAAGGAGACCAAGUUGCUUUCAGAUACACAGCUUGCUUCUGAACCUGCUCCAAAUCUAGAGAAAAAUAACAAAGUGGAGUGUGCUUCUCUUUCUGCCUCAAACCCACAGCAUGCUAAGCAGCCCAUUUGCCAUGCAGAGCAGUGUAAGACUGUGCACAUAAAACUAAACUUACCAGAUGUGAUCAGUCCUGUACAGAAUGCUACAAAAGAGACGAGUAUCAACCACGCGAAAGAGGCAGGUUCUGCUGAUGAUCCAACUAUUACAUCCCAGCACUGUGUUCCCACACAUCAAGAACCAAAGAACCAGGGUGAGAUGGCACUUGUUUUGGAGACACAUUUUCAAAGCAGAAGUCAAAAGGAAUCAUGUCGGAGGGAGUAUGCUGAAUUAAGAAAGAAAUUUGGUAUCACAAAAGAUUUGAGAGUGCGCCUUACCCGAAUUCUUGCAUUUGACUCCACAACAAGUUUAUAUUCCCCUAGCAGUUUGACAAACAAUAUUUCUUCUAAAGAGUCAGAGAUUAUUGUGGAUCUAACAACUGGGAACGAUGAAGAGAGCCAGGAGCUUAUAUUACAACAGGACUUGGAUAAGAAAAGAAAAGCAAAAACUGUGAUUAAGGAGGACAGUACCAAAAAGAAGAAAUCUGGGAAUGAUGGGAACAUGUCUGGGAUCACAGGAACUGAUAGCACCAGUCCUCAAAUUCUUAACAGUAUUUCACCUGAUUCAACUUUAUCGCUACAUAGUAGUAGUAACCUCAUUGGUUACGCCAAGUCUAGUGAAGAGAAUUCUCCUGAGCUAGAACCACCUAGUCAAGAUGGUCUUGACAGAAGUACAGAUAGUCCGGCAUCUGUUUAUUUUGAACAAGAACCUCCAGACAGUCAGGACUGUUAUAUUGAUGAUAGUUUCCCCGCAACAUUGCCAGAAUUGGAUGAAACUAUACGAGAUGAAAAAAUAAAAAGACUUAAGCAACUAUUGAAAGAAAGAGAAGCAGCUCUUGAAGAAAUUCGUAAAAAGAUGCAACAAAGUUAAAAAUGUAGUUGUUGACUUGAAAGGAUCUUAAUGAAGUGUUUAUUUCCCCCCUUUCCCUUGUGGUUUUGUAUAAAUUAUUUAAAUGUACAGGUAAUGUGGAAGUCUUUUUGAAUCUAAAACAUUGUUUUUGUCACUGGAUUAUUGAAUGUGUUUAAAGGAGAUAAAAGAGACUGAAGUAGAAUUGUU